UUCCUUCCUUUCUCUUAUAAACAAUUAGCCAUUCCCCCAAUACCGAAACCUCCGUUCUUCAUCUCUUCUCUUCCUUUUCCUUCGCCGAUCGAUCUCUGUUCCCGUUCCCCAUGGCUGAAUCCAAGGGCAAACUCGAAUCUCUCAGGGAGUGGGUUUCCGAACACAAGCUUCGCACCGUCGGAUCUCUGUGGCUUAGCGGGAUCGCGGGUUCUAUUGCGUAUAAUUGGUCUCAACCUAAUAUGAAGACUAGCGUGAAGAUCAUCCAUGCUAGGUUACACGCACAGGCUUUGACCUUAGCUGCUCUUGCGGGCGCUGCGGUCGUCGAAUAUUAUGAACACAAAUCUGGAGCGAAGGCGGAGCGAUAUGCCAAGUUCCUUCCCGUUGAUAACUACUCACACAAGGACUGAGUUUUUGUUGUUUUGCUCUUUCUAUACUGGAGGGUAAUAAAGUAGUUUCAUUCUGAGGCUUAGAAUUCUUACUUCUCCAUUCUUUUUUAAUAUCAUUAUAGGGGGCGUUGUUCUGCCCAAUUCAUGUAUAAGCAAUUUGUUUGUAAACAUGGAAGUGAAUGUUUUUUGUAUUAUGAAUGAAAUAUUGGUUGGUUCGUGAGGA